CUAGCAGGGGGUGUCCCGACCCCUCCUUUCUGGGCAUCCUGGGGGAUGACCCCGGUGCCAGGCCCGACGCCGGCCGCCUGAUGCCGGGCGGGCCGAGCUAGGGAUGCUGGAACGAAGGGCGUUGCUAUGGCAACGGGAGGCAGGGCCUGGGGGGGAUCGGUCCCGGGCGGGGGCAGCGGGGGCCGGCGGUGGCUGUGGCGGGGAGAUGGCGGAGCGCGGCCCGGCCUUCUGCGGUCUCUACGACACGUCCUCGCUGCUUCAAUACUGCAACGAUGACAAUUUGUCGGGCACGAGCGGCAUGGAGGUGGACGACCGCGUGUCGGCGCUGGAGCAGCGGCUGCAGCUGCAGGAAGACGAGCUGGCGGUCUUAAAGGCGGCGCUGGCUGACGCGCUGCGUCGCCUGCGGGCAUGCGAGGAGCAGGGCGCUGCGCUGCGCGCGCGAGGCACUCCCAAGGGCCGGGCACCUCCGCGGCUAGGCACCACGGCCUCGGUGUGUCAGCUCUUGAAAGGCCUUCCCACCAGGACACCCCUCAAUGGCUCAGGACCCCCGCGGCGUGUGGGCGGCUAUGCCACAUCCCCAUCCUCCCCCAAGAAGGAGGCGACCUCUGGGCGCAGUGCCCGCCGCUACUUGUCACCAGAGCGCCUCGCCUCGGUACGCCGCGAAGACCCCCGGAGCCGUACCACAUCUUCUAGCAGUAACUGUAGCGCCAAAAAGGAAGGCAAAACCAAAGAAGUUAUCUUCAGCAUGGAGGAGGGCUCCGUGAAAAUGUUCCUGAGGGGCCGCCCUGUGCUCAUGCUGAUCCCGGACGAGCUGGCGCCCACCUACAGCCUGGACACGCGCUCCGAGCUGCCUUCCUGCCGGCUCAAGCUGGACUGGGUCUAUGGCUACCGAGGCCGAGACUGCCGGGCCAACCUUUACCUGCUGCCCACAGGGGAGAUAGUAUACUUCGUGGCCUCCGUGGCCGUGCUGUACAGCGUGGAAGAGCAGAGGCAGCGGCACUACUUGGGGCACAACGAUGACAUCAAGUGCCUGGCUGUCCACCCUGACAUGGUCACCAUCGCCACUGGACAGGUGGCAGGCACCACUAAGGAGGGAAAGCCCCUGCCACCGCAUGUGCGCAUUUGGGACUCAGUUUCCCUCUCCACCUUACACGUGCUGGGCCUGGGAAUGUUUGACAGAGCUGUGUGCUGUGUAGGCUUUUCCAAAUCCAAUGGGGGCAACCUACUCUGUGUGGUGGAUGAAUCCAAUGAUCACGUGCUCUCCGUGUGGGACUGGGCCAAGGAGGCCAAGGUGGUGGAUGGCAAGUGCUCCAACGAGGCUGUGCUGGUGGCCACCUUCCACCCCACAGACCCCACUGUGCUCAUCACCUGCGGGAAAUCCCACAUCUACUUCUGGAACGCGGAGGGGGGCAGCCUGAGCAAGCGGCAGGGCCUCUUUGAGAAACACGAGAAACCGAAGUACGUGCUGUGUGUGACCUUCUUGGAGGGUGGCGAUGUGGUCACCGGGGACUCUGGGGGGAACCUCUAUGUCUGGGGCAAAGGUGGGAACCGCAUCACACAAGCAGUAUUGGGAGCCCACGAUGGCGGUGUGUUUGGGCUCUGCGCCCUGCGGGACGGGACGCUGGUGUCCGGAGGGGGCCGCGAUCGGCGGGUGGUCGUCUGGGGUUCUGACUACAGCAAGCUGCAGGAGGUGGAGGUCCCCGAGGACUUCGGCCCCGUGCGGACAGUGGCUGAGGGCCGGGGAGAUACACUGUAUGUGGGAACCACCCGCAACUCCAUCCUGCAGGGCUCUGUCCACACCGGGUUCUCGCUGCUCAUCCAGGGCCACGUGGAAGAGCUGUGGGGCCUGGCCACGCACCCGAGCCAGGCACAGUUUGUGACGUGUGGACAGGAUAAGCUGGUGCAUCUGUGGAGUGCGGAGUCCCACCAGCCCCUCUGGAGUCGGAUCAUUGAGGACCCUGCCCGUUCUGCUGGCUUUCACCCCAGUGGCUCUGUCCUGGCCGUGGGCACGGUGACUGGCAGAUGGCUGCUGCUGGACACGGAGACUCAUGACCUGGUGGCUAUCCAUACAGAUGGCAAUGAGCAGAUCUCAGUGGUCAGCUUCUCUCCAGACGGGGCGUACCUGACCGUGGGCUCUCAUGACAACUUGGUGUACGUGUACACGGUGGACCAGGGCGGCCGCAAGGUCAGCCGCCUGGGCAAGUGCUCGGGCCAUUCCAGUUUUAUCACCCACCUGGAUUGGGCCCAGGACAGCAGCUGCUUUGUCACCAACUCUGGGGACUACGAGAUUCUGUACUGGGACCCUGCCACCUGUAAGCAGAUCACGAAUGCAGAUGCUGUGAGGAAUGUGGAAUGGGCCACAGCUACUUGUGUCCUGGGAUUUGGGGUGUUUGGGAUCUGGUCCGAGGGAGCGGAUGGCACUGACAUCAACGCCGUGGCCCGCUCCCAUGACGGCAAGUUGCUGGCUUCAGCUGAUGACUUUGGCAAAGUCCACCUGUUUAGCUACCCAUGCUGUCAGCCUCGAGCCCUCAGCCACAAAUAUGGUGGACACAGCAGCCAUGUGACAAAUGUGGCCUUCUUGUGGGAUGACAGCGUGGCCCUGACCACAGGGGGCAAGGACACCAGCGUGCUGCAGUGGCGGGUGGUCUGAAGUGGAGACGGUGUGCCGGGGUAGAGUUAGGUGGCAGGGCUGGAAUUCUAUUUUCGGGAGAUGUCUAUUGCCGAGUAGAGUAAUAUAUACCCAGAGUAUGUCUAUAGCAGAGGGGGUAUGGGGGGAGGGUGGACUGACAGAAGUGUCUAUUUAUCGAGGUGGGAAGAGGGGUCACAUUGCUUCAGGGGGAACCAUUAGGAUAUUUGAUUUGGGGCGUUUUUUAAGUUUAUUCUUUUAUAUCAUCCAAAAAUAAAGACAUGCACUGAGGUGGAGUGUCAGGGUCUGUGAUGUGUGUCAAUAGAUUGAGAGCAUCUAUAAGUGAAUGUAUAUGGGGUAUGUGGGGGGGUAUUAGAGUGUUUGUAAUGAGGGACCAUUAUUACUCAGGUCUUUAAGCUUGACAGAAACCAAGUUUGCUUCAACUUAGGCCAAGAGUGAACUUCAGUUGGCCCACAUUGCCAAAUAAGGAAGAGCAGGCAUGACUCUAGGCUUCGGGGCCAUCAAACCAAAGAUUUGAGGGCAACCAGGAUACUUUCUCCAUACCUUCUCUGACCUUUGAGUCAGCGUGUUUUUCUGGGAUCAACAUUCUCCAGACCAAAGAAAAUUGGCACAUAGCAGCUUCAAAGCUUGUUAUCAAACCAGCCUUGGGCCCCGAGUCUAAAAAUCCCAGGGAAGGGCUGUGGAUGGCCCAUCUGCAGAUCAAGCAACUUGUCCUGAUGGUUGACCUACUGUGAUGGGCUCCACUUGGGUGAAGCCCAGCCCUGGACCAAUGACUGUGGUCCCAGAGAUGGAAUAGUGUACAAACCUGGAAGCCUCCACCUGAACCACAAGAUUGAAGUAGGACAAGGGAAGUUUUCAGAGAAGUGGGUCGAUGACACAAUAAAAGUUUGGGAGAUGGCGUGUGAGGACUCUGGGUUGCAAGACACAGAAACCCAACUCCAUCUGGCAUACACGAUAAAAAGAAGUUGCCAGGUCAUGGAACUGGGUAGUCCAGGAGGCCCAACCGGAUUCAGGGGGUGCAAAUGUGGUUGUUGGGGUUCUGCUCUUGGGGAUUUCCCAACUUAGAAUCUGUACUCUUGAGCAAAUUCUUAACUUUAACUUUUUAUUGGUGUUUCACAUAAAUGCAGAGAAGUACAUUCAUCAUAAAUAUACAA